UCCCCACCCUUGAAGCAAUUGUGGAGACAAAGAGGACAUUCAGUUGCUGAUUCAGGACGGCCGAUGUCCUGCGCAUAAAAGAUCAAAAAAAAAUAUGGCGCCAAAUUCGCGAAUAAUCCUAACACGGCAUGCGCAAGCAGAGCAUAAUGUCGACUUGGAUUACUACAUCCCCGACGCCCCUUUAACCGCGCUCGGCAAAAAGCAAGCAGCAUCUCUCGCCACACAACCGAAAGUCAAGCAGCUAGCCCAAGAAGUAGACCUAGUCGUCACCUCGCCUUUAAAGCGCACAUUACAAACCACCAAACUAGGCUGGAAAGACGCAAUCGACCGACUCGGAGGUCUGCGCAAAGUGAUUUGCCUCCCACAAGCCCAAGAAUGCAACGACUUCCCCUGCGACACCGGUUCCUCGAAAGAAAAUCUCGAAGCCGAUCCAGAAUUCUCGGGUUUUGACCUCUCUCUACUCACACCAGAUUGGACUUCGAAGAAAAAUUUCUGGGGCCCGGAUGCCACGUCGAUUCGAUUGCGAGCGAAAUGGGUCAGGCGGUGGUUGAGGGAUCGGCCUGAGAAGACGAUUGUUUUGGUUGCGCAUGGAGAUAUUUUGCGGCAGUUGACGUGUAGUGAGACGGGACCUAGUGGUUAUAUGUGGAGGAAUGCGGAAGCGAUGGUUUUUGAGUUUGAUCGGGAUACUUUGGAGGAUUUGUGUUUGUUUCGAUCUGAGAAGGGGAGGUCGGUGGCUGUUGCUGGGGGUUAUGGACCGAGCUCGACUGAGGCGGAUAUUGGUAGGCUUUGAGUAAGUGGCUCGCGAACGUUGAUGGGAUUGAAUGCUAGAAUGCGGGAAUGUAUGAUGAUAGAGCAGAGUUGGAUGGAUGAUACAGAUGGGGGAAGCGUUUACGACCUUACGACGGCAACUUUGCAUCGCGCAUCAAACAUCCUUGCAAAUUUUGCGGUACGUCCGGACCGUUCCAAAUAACAUUGAAACCAUCACUUC